AUGCCAGUCAAAGGUAUUCAGAUCGCCAUUGAUCGUGGUGGCACAUUUUGUGAUGUUAUUGCAAAAAUCCCGGGCCAGGAUGACUACGUAUUUAAGUUGCUAUCAGUUGACCCUCAGAAUUACAAGGAUGCACCAACAGAAGGUAUAAGGCGAGUGUUGGAGCAUGUCAACAACGGUACAACAAUACCUAAAACUGACAAGUUAAAAUUGGAUCAGAUUCAAAGCAUUAGAAUGGGGACCACCGUGGCUACAAACGCACUACUUGAGAGGAAAGGAGCCAAUGUGUUGUUAAUCACCACUAAAGGGUUCAAGGAUGUAUUGGUGAUUGGUAACCAGACAAGACCACAUAUAUUUGAUUUGACUGCUAAGAAGUUGGGUCAUUUGUAUAACCAAGUGCUUGAGAUUGAUGAGAGAGUUACAAUUGAAAGUUUCUCUGAAGGUGGUGGCGAUAAAUUGCCAAUUGAUAAACUGCAACCUAAUUUUGCUGAAGGAGUCACUGGCGAUACAAUUCGAAUUAUCAAAGAGCCUGAUUACCAGCAAGUUGAGGCUGAUUUGCGAGCCAUUUUCAAAGAAGGUAAAGUCAAGGCAAUUGCAUUGUCAUUACUUCAUGCAUAUGCUUUCCCAAAACACGAAGCCGAGAUUGCCAAGAUUGCCCAAAAUAUUGGGUUUGAAGUAUCAGUGUCUCAUGAGUUGCAGCCAAUGAUUGGGUUCGUUAAUAGAACCUCGUCAGCUGUUGCUGAUGCAUACUUGUCUCCAAUCAUUAAUGAAUACAUCCAAAACUUUGGUGCUGGAUUUGAAGGCGGUUUAGAGGCGUUUGGAAAUAAGCUUUUAUUCAUGCAAUCAAAUGGUGGGUUAUGUCCGUGGUACAAAUUCACUGGGUUAAGAGCAAUCUUGUCCGGUCCAGCAGGCGGUAUGGUUGGAUUUGGAGAAACUUGUUAUGACGAAGUAACCAAGAGAGCCACGAUUGGCUUUGAUGCCGGAGGUACAUCAACUGAUGUAUCUCGAUACGAUGGCCACUUUGAGCACAUCUAUGAAACUAUAGUCAGUGAGAUUAAUUUGCAAACUCCUCAGUUGGACAUAUCGACAGUGGCUGCUGGUGGUGGGUCGAUUUUGUUUUGGAAAAAUGACUUGUUUGUUACUGGUCCCGAGUCUGCUGGAUCUGACCCUGGACCAGCGUGCUACAGAAAAGGCGGACCGUUGACUGUUACCGAUGCAAAUUUGUACUUGGGAAGAUUAGUUCCCGAACAUUUUCCCAAGAUAUUUGGUCCCAAUCAGGAUCAAGGAUUGGACUAUGAUAUUGUGGAUAAAAAAUUUAAGGAGUUGACUCAACAAAUCAACAAAGAUCAAGCUGCCAAGGGUAUCGAGUUAAGUCCGGUUGAAGUUGCCAGUGGGUUCUUAAAGGUUGCUGUUGAGUCCAUGGCUAGACCUAUUAGGAAUUUGACCGAAGCCAAGGGACACGAGACGUCAAACCACAAUUUGGCUUCUUUUGGUGGUUCAGGUGGGCAAUUUGCCGUGUCAUUGGCAAAGAAUUUGGGCAUCACCAAUGUUGCAGUACACAAGUAUUCCUCGUUGUUAUCCGCUUAUGGUAUUCAACUUGCUGACAUUGUCAUUGAAAAACAAUCACCAGCGUCCUUGACAUAUGCCAAGGAGAAUUUGCCUGGUCUUGAUGCAAAAAUCGAGUUGCUUAUUGCAGCAGCCAAGGAGGAUUACAAGAAACAAAAUUUGACUGAUUUCAAUACAAGGUUGGAAAUCUUUUUAAAUAUGAGGUAUGUCGGCAGUGAUACCCACUUGUUGAUUGCUACAAAAGUUGGCGAUACCGAUGCUGCUGAUAAAUUCAUUAAGAGACACAAGCAUGAGUUUGGCUUUAAUUUGGAUAGAAAUGUAUUAGUCAGUGAUGUUGAAGUGAUGCUAGUUGUUGAGUCUAAUGACAAGGAAGUGCACAAUCCAUACAAAGAGGCCGCCAAUUUGUCUUUAACUUUGGAUGCACCCAAGGCACCGUUCAAGAAACCAGUGUAUUUUGAAACAUUUGGCUGGUUAGAUGCUCCAGUGCACAUUCUCACUGAUUUGAAAAUCGGUACACUCGUAAAAGGUCCUGCAAUUAUUAUCGACAACACCCAAACGCUUAUAAUUGAGCCACGUUCUCAAGCAAUAGUCCUAGCUCACCAUGUGUUGAUCGAAGUGGAGCAAGAAGAGAAGCCACAGUUGUCAUCAACCACUGUUGACCCGAUUCAGUUAUCAGUGUUUGGCCACAGAUUCAUGUCGGUUGCUGAACAAAUGGGGAGAACAUUGCAACAAACGGCAAUCUCCACCAACAUUAAGGAGAGAUUGGAUUUCUCGUGUGCAAUUUUUGAUCACAAUGGUGAUUUAAUUGCCAAUGCACCACAUAUUCCUAUCCAUUUGGGCUCCAUGUCGUAUGCGGUCAAGGCCCAGAUAAAGAUAUGGGAAGGUAAGUUGGAGCCUGGUGAUGUACUUGUUUCCAACCAUCCAAUUGCUGGUGGGUCUCAUUUGCCUGAUAUUACAGUUAUCACGCCCGUCCUCAACGAUAAGAACGAACCUGUUUUCUGGACAGCAUCAAGGGGCCAUCAUGCAGAUAUUGGAUCUAUAGCAGCUGGAUCGAUGCCGCCAAAUUCCAAAACCAUAUAUGACGAAGGAGCAGCAGUAGUCACGCACAAGUUGUGUGUAAAGGGUAAAUUUGAUGAAGCAGGUAUAACCAAGAUAUUGGUUGACGAACCAGCUAAACAACCCGGUGGAUCAGGUACCAGGACAUUGAGUGAUAACAUCUCUGACUUGAAAGCGCAAGUAGCUGCAAAUUACAAAGGGAUUGUUUUAUUGCAACGGUUGGUUGACGAUUUCACUUAUGACGUUAUCAAGUUGUACAUGGGAGGCAUUCAAUCAACUGCCGAAGUUGCGGUUCGGAACUUGCUAAAAUUGGCUUUCCAAAAGUUUGGAUCGCAUGAGUUGAAAGGAAUCGAUUAUAUUGAUGACGGCACUCCUAUCGCAUUGACUGUAACUAUCAAUCCUGAUACUGGAUCGGCUUUGUUUGACUUUAGUGAAACAGGUGAUGAGAUAUACGGUAAUUUGAAUGCACCAACAGCAAUCUUGUAUUCAGCGGUGCUAUACGUCCUCAGAUGUCUUAUAAGUACCGAUAUCCCCUUGAAUAAUGGUUGUUUGAGACCGAUUGAAUUCAAAACAAGACAAGGCUCCUUAGUUGCUCCCUCUGAUGAUGCAGCUGUGGUGGGUGGUAAUGUUGAAACGACGCAGAGAAUUGUUGAUGUGAUGCUCAAGACUUUCCAGGCAGCAGCUGGCUCACAAGGUACUUGUAAUAACUUUACUUUUGGAACUAAUGAUCAGGAAAAUGGCGUUUGUUUUGGCUAUUACGAGACAAUUUGUGGUGGUGCUGGUGCUGGUCCUGACUGGGAUGGUCAAUCAGUAGUUCAAUGUCACACGACUAAUACGCGAAUGACGGAUUCUGAAAUAUUUGAAAAGAGGUAUCCGGUAUUGCUUCAUGAGUACUCGGUUCGUCUUGGAUCAGGAGGUGACGGGUUACAUAAGGGUGGUGAUGGUGUGAUUCGGGAUAUUGAAUUUUUGUACCCAUUGGAAGUUUCCUGCUUAAUGGAAAGACGAUCAUUAGCACCUUACGGGUUGCAUGGAGGAGGUGAAGGUGCUAGAGGAAUCAACAAGUGGGUCUACAAGUCUCCAACUGGAGAGUACAAGAGUAAAUCUUUGGGUGGCAAGUGUACCGUUAAAGUUAGUAAAGGCGAUAGAAUUAUUAUCAGCACGCCCGGUGGAGGUGGAUAUGGCCAUGUUGACGCAAAGGCCAAGUCUAAUGAUAUCCAUUAUCCUAUCAAGAGUACCACACCCUCGAGGUUGACAGGAUCUGUUGGCAUGCGAGACCAUAUUCAAGCAACGAAUUAA